UACUUUCGAUUUCACCUCUGCCUUCUACAGUUGACUAUAACAUCUAGUUAUAGUUUACACAGCCUUUUAGGACCUAACAUCUAUAAACAUAUAUAUAUACACACAUAUUGGGAACAGAGUGACCUACUUAGAUUUAGUCCAUGGCUCUGUUGGAUUCAUUGAAGAACAUGCUUUACACACUGAUAAUCAUCUGUGUGUUUAACCUUGUGUCAUGGACAACGCCUGAAAAUGCCCUUGAACCAUUGUACAAAGCAAAAGGUGAUGCUGUUGAACUGAAACCACACGAUUCGGCUCCCAACAUCAACAACAUACAGUGGAAUCAUGGAUCCAACAUUGCUGCAGAGUGGUUUGGAAGUGAGACGGUCUGUUUACUUCAAUUCAAAGGUCGCUGUAUGCUGAAUGUUUCGACUGGAGCGCUGACGAUCACAAAUCUUAAUGAGAAUGAUACCGGCAUCUACUCUGUUGAGAUCAACUCACAACUAAUCAACACUCCGACUGAACUGCUUGUCAUCUCUUCGGUCUCUAAACCCUCCAUCUCCAAGCAGUGUAACACUGAGAUGACCAACUGUAAUCUGACCUGUGAAGGCGACACUGCUGUUGCUGAACCCAUCACCUAUAAGUGGUUUAAAGAUGGUGUGGAAGGACCUUCACACAAGGUGUUUGAUGUAACAGAGGAGAAUGAGGGGAAAGAUUUCAGCUGCAUGUUGCUCAAUCCAGUCAGUAAUCAGAGCAGUGAAAGCUUCCAAAAUCCCAUCAUCAAAUACAAACGAAACCGAUUGACAUCCAUCAUCGUACCAGUGGUCCUGAUUCUCGUAGGCGUAAUUCUUGGUUUAAUCAUAUUUUUCAUCUGCAAAAGGAAAAGAGGCCGUGCAUUUAAUGUGAAUAGUGGAAGAACCGAGGAAGGGGCACCAGCAGAGACAGUGCGGUUUCUAAACGGCACAGCUGUCCAGCUACAACCAAACAAUGUCACACUUGUUUCAGAGACCCAAGACGCAUCCAACCAGGGUUCAGGACCUGCUGCGACUCCUAAUGGUGUCAACGGAUGUGUUGUUUCACUGAAUGAAGAAAUAUCCAUUGAGGUCACAUCCCCUGCUGUAACCCAAAAUAGUGGCAAUGGCACUGAUGAGGCAUCUGUGAUUUCUCAAACAUCCAACCAAGACCCAGCAAGCACUGAAUUACCAGCCACCAGCAAGGCAACCGAGAUCACAUCAGGGGUGGAUGAAACAUUCAACCAGGACCAGACAGCUCCUGAUGCUCCAAAUACCAGCAAGGAAACGGAGAACUCUGCACUGAUGACAAAUGGGCAAGAAACAACCAACCCAGAGCCAACAUCGGGCGAAAAGGAAGAAGAUGAUGGAGGAGAUGUUGACUAAAGCUGAAGUAUUACAGUUUCUUUUUGAGCUGAAAUACUAGAGAGUAUAGAGAUUUAUGACAAGAUGUUACAUGCACCAGAGGCUGGGAUACAUCCAGACUGAUGACUGUGUAGAUUAAGCAUGGAAACAAGUUACUUUGUCAAUUCUUAUUACUAAGAAGUGAAUAUAUGUGAUAAGAGGGUUGGGUUUGCACCAUACUACCUAUCGAUUUCAGCACAGGCCGUGUCAUUGUCAUGUUCAGGACUGGCUGCUUCAAGGUGUUCCUGUCUUGAGAAAGAAAUCGAGAUGUAUUCAAACAGCAGUGUUUUUAUCACAGAUUGAUCAUCAACUCCUCAAGUCCAGUGCAGUACGGUUGUUGCAGUAUGUUUUAGGUGAACAUGAAGUUAUCAGGUUUAGGAUUGUAGUAGUUGUUGGGGUGGCAAACAAAAAAAGACUAUAAAGUAGUUUUAAAGGCUGAAAAGAAAAUCUGCAGCUAUUUUUACACGACUCAUUGAACAAAUUACUGUUUCAAGGCUACUUAUAGUUUCUACGCACACACGCCUUCCUCUUUUGGGAUAGAACAGCUCCAGUAUUAAAUCUUAAUUAGUACGUAUUUAGUAUUUGCAAGACAGGACAAAAUAUGCUCGUUUAAUGAUGUCUUGCAACACAUUAUGGGAACAUCGUAUCAAGUUUUAGCCGUAGAACGAGCCCAUUGUAACUGUAUUUUGCGUUCAGUGCACUUAUUAAUUUUAGAAGCAACAUUUCUUCCAUGUUCUUGCUUUCUUUGAGGGACCAAAACACAUUUAUUUUCGGCAAAAUCUACGCUUUUUGCUGCCAACAGUUCAGACUGUUUAGGUCACUAAUUUCUAUUUCUAGUAAGAUAUCCUGAGAUUGAAGUUCAAACUAAAGAAAGGGACACUUUUUUGAAUAUUUGUAAUGCCUUUGAAAUUCUAAUAUCACUACUUAACAUUAGCUGUAUCACUGUGUCACUUAAAGUGACUGUUUCUACACUUGAAUGGUGCAAAAACAUGUUACAAUUUUAAUAUUUAUCAUGUGUCAUUUAUUAUUUUGAUCUUUUUGUCAGUUUAUUUUGCACCAUCGCCAGUCAUUAGUCACUUCUAUAUCCCAAAGAUUAUUUUAAUGUUUUAUAUCUAUCUUAAGCUCUUUUUAUCUGCAGCAAAUAAACAUUUAUCCAUCAAAAAAUGUAAACUGCUGAAAGAAGAAACACAAAACAUAUUUUUGGGGAAAAAAUGAACUUGAUCUAUCUCAAAUGAGAAAGCCUUUGCCAUCCCAUCAGCAGUGUUUUGAUUAAAAAAAAAACAAGUUCUAAAUAUCUUUUAUUUAUAUUCCUAACUUGAAGCCUCAUGAUUGUACAAGUGUUUUUUAUGCUGCUGUGAGUUCCUCCACCAGAGGGCCUCACUGAUUUGUGCCUAUGCAUAGACUGAUGUAAAGAUGACUGACACUGAAUGAAAGUUUACUCUGUGUGUUUCCACCUGUGAGGAUCACCUCUGUUAUGUUUGUGUGAACUGUUGUGAGAGAGAGAUAUUUAAAUGUUUACUUUUUAACAGAGCUGCUGCCUGGUUUCUCUUUCAAACCUUUAUUUUUGUUUGUUUUAUGCACACACUAUGCACAUAAAUGCUGCCUAAAAUUGGUGCAUGAUGGAUUAGGUAUACUGAAAAGGUCUGUUUAAAGUAGAGUCUUCCAGCAAUCAGUUUAAACAUCUCAUAGGUAUGUUGCAUACUAUCAUGUUGCUUUAAAUUGGUACUGUAUAUUGAAACAUCUCUGUGGUUUCAGACAUUACAAAGAGAGGUGGUUCACAUGUAGACCUAAUGCCACAAAAGAGUCACCACACCUACACCACAGGUGCCUCUUGCUGUAUUGUCACAGUGUCACUCAGCACACGAUCAUAUAACAGCAUGGACGUGAUUCAGACGCUGUUUUCACCUGCAGGUUUCAUGUGUGGUAGCUACUGUCUGUCUGCUCUAAGAUACUGUGAGUUCUCAUAUUUUACUGAGUAAAUGGACCAAGUGAUAACAUGGUGCAAACUUAUAUUUAUUGAACAUUAGAACACAUGCAGCUGGAACAACUUUUUUUUUUUUUUUUUACAAUAAAAUGAAGAAAACUCAAUAAAAUAAAUAGGAAAGGAAAUUGUGUCUCAUUUUGUUUGCAGAUUUAUAUUUUGUUGCAAAUUUGUAGUUGUUGUUACAUUUACUUGCAUACAAAUACUCUACCAAUGAGGUCUGACUGUUUUUAUAUAGAGCUUGCAAAAUUGAAUUUUCGGGACCAUCUUAAUAUAAAAAAUGAAAGUUUGAUAAUUGAAGUAUUAAAAGGACAGAAACAUGAUGUUAUCUCACAGUGAGUCUUGCUUUUAUUAUUGUUUACAGCUGGUGCAAAAUGACCUCAUGUAACAAGCAGGUUGCAUCUCAUAGUAUGAUUAUGAUGCAUUUGAAGGGUUGCAACCUUUUCCUGACAUCCAGGUGGAACAAUUGAUUUCACCUGGCAGGUACAAACAAACAACCCUUUCUGGAAAGAGACCAACAAUCCUCCUUGACUCUCGUAUUGUGUUUUCAGACUGAAGUGACAGGUGAGUGUUGCACCACUCAUUAACAGAUGUGUAGUUAAUAAAGGGGAAUCUGAUUUUGGAGUGAUUUCAAAUAAAAAUUCACCUGUCAA